AUGAUGGCCGUAGGUUCCCCGAUGGCUUUCCAGUUCUUUCUCGUUUCGUACACUAUCUUAAUCAUUUACCUUGGACGUAAGUUACGCAAAGUUAACAAGUCGAUUAAAAACAAAUAUAGAGAUGAAGAUAGAAACAAAGAUAGAGAACGCGCCAGGAGGCCACUCCAAAAUGGUGCCGAAGUGAGCCGAUCCAUAAUAAGGGAUGGUGUCCUUGUGAUGCGAACUCCGCAGAAUGAUGGUAUCCCUAGGAUGAGACCAAUACAAGGCAGACAAGGGUAUUAA